AUGGAAGUUCUCUCACUGCUGCUCGUCUUCUUUACAGUUUCUGGAUAUGCAUACGUGGUGCAACCCAGACUGACAGUCAGUCCGGUGUCUCGGCUGGAUGGACGCCACCAGUCUGAGCUGAGAGAUGUUUUGGUAUCAUUGGAGGAGAAAAUCAGUGAGAGACCAGAGGAGGAGCAGAGGAGUGGAGGAGUGACUCCAGAGACAAACUCAGAGGCUCCUGGGACGUUUUCUGAGACUUUAAGGGGAGAAACAAAAACAGCCAAUAUGCGGACUGAUUUAGUUCCAGAUGAAGAGACAGAGACAGUUAAAACAGCAAUAAGAAGUCAUAAUGAACGGGUAGAAGAAAAGGUGGCAGAGGAAAGAGAGAGCGGGCUGGUUGCAGGGAUUAGAGGAGAUGUGUUCACUGUAAAUCAAGAAAAUGUGUCAGAGAAAGAAGGAAAUGAGAAGGUGGAAAGAACUGAAGAGGAAGAGAGGAUAAAAAAUGCAAACCAGAGUGAAUUAGUAGGAAGAGAAGAGGAAGAUCACAUGGUAGUUAGUGACCUCACACCUCCCAGCACAUCCUCUCCUCCGCUGGGGGAGGAAUUAGUGAUUCAAAUUAUCACUCAGUCUCCAAAUCCUCCUGGUUCUCCUCCUCCUCUUCAUCAUCAUAAUGUCUCCUCAUCUCUCCCUCCCAGCCCUGACGCCACACUUAGUCCUCACUUCUUCCCUCCGUCUGUCACUGUUUCCGAUCCCACAACAAUCCGUCACUCCUCAGUCUCCACAUGGCUUCCUGCUGAGGUCAGGUCUGUCUCUCUGCUUGAAGAUCUCCUCACUGAGGUGCUGCAGAGUCCUGGACAUCUUCUCAAGCAGAAUGAGCUGCAAGUGAAGGCAAGCCCAGAUGUAGAGGCAGUAAUGGUGGAAAAUAUAUUGUUUAAACCUGCACGGCAACAAAGCAAAGGUGCUGAAUUUAUCCCCAAACUGCAAGAAGCAACACCAGAACACCAGAAGUUUAUAACCAAAGACUUAAAAGAGCCAGAUCCAACACCGAAAUCUAAUGAAACCCCAAACAUGACUCAGCCCACAGUUCAACUGGUGGAAAAUGACACCAAAGUUACAAAGAAAAAGGACAAUAAAACCAAAAAGCCAAAGAAGAAGAAGGAGGUCAGCAAGCCAACCUACUUUCCUUACUUUAAGGAUAACUACUGUCCUCCUGAGUGUGCCUGCUACGGAAGAGUGGUCCAGUGCUCAGACAAAGGUGUGGACAAUGUUCCCUACGGUAUUCCCUAUAACGCCCGCUACAUCCUCCUCAUGAAUAACCACAUCAAGAGCAUCCAGCUGGACCUCCUCAAUGAAUACGUCUCUAUGGAGUUCCUUGUGCUGAGCAACAAUCGGCUCACAGAUGGCGCCAUAGAGGGGGCCUUUGAGGGGGUCCCGGCUCUGAAGCGCCUCUACCUGGAUAGGAACCUCCUGGACAGCGUGCCAACUGACCUCCCAGUCUCUCUGGAGGAGCUUCGUUUGGACAAUAACCGGCUGGGUGUGAUGUCUGAGGCCGCCUGGGCCCGCUGCCCCGGCCUCCUGGUGCUGAGCCUGAGCAACAACAGCCUGGGGAACGGAUCCGAGUCUCUUCCUAACGCAGUGCUCUCUCCUUUGUGCAACCUGCGCACUCUGAACCUGGAUCACAACCAGCUAACGUCAGUUCCUCUGGGCUUACCGUUGUCCGUCAAGGAGCUGUACCUCAAAGGGAACCUCAUUGAGCAGUUCCGAGGAGGAGCCUUUGAAGGGAGAUCAGAGCUGCUGGUGUUAGAUCUGAGUGCAAACAGACUGACAAAUAAGGGUCUUCUCAGGGAGUCGCUUCUCAACGCAACUCGCUUGGAAAGCCUCAACUUAGAGGGGAACAGGCUAACACAAGUGCCUCGACACCUUCCCCGCUCACUUAAAACUUUAAAUCUGGAGGGCAACCUCAUAUCGUCCAUAAAGAGAGCUGGUUUUGGGAGCUUAAAAAACCUGGAACACUUGGGUUUAGCGAGAAAUAAAAUCUUCAAAGUGGCACCAGGGGCAUUUAAGACAUUGCCCGUCCUGCACCAGCUGGACCUGAGCCACAACACUUUGCUUCAGGUGCCCAGACAGCUGCCGGAGGCUCUGCACUCAGUGGCACUCACUCACAACAAGAUCCAAUCAGUGCCUCGUGAUGCUUUCUGCUGGGGUAAUAAGAGUGUGGGUCUCAGCGGGCUGGUACGAGUGCAGUUGGAACACAAUUUAAUCGAUAUGGGGAAGUUGGAUGCACAGGCAUUCAGGUGCUUACGGGGAUUCCAAGUGGUGCACUUCUACUGAACCUUUUAACAGAGAUUAAAUGAUGCUGCUGGGACUAUUUAUGCACAAAAUAUCUGCAUUUUUAUGAAACAUACUCGCUUAAUUCUGUAUGCUUUAUCCAAAACCUGUGGUGAAGGCUAUUGUCUGCCA